UGCGCAAACUAGCCACAAGUAGCCGGUGAUCUGAGAUAGUUCUAAACAUAGGUUGAAGACGUACAGCAUCUCGUCGUUACGGUACCGGUGUGUGAAUUCUAACCGGGUGAAGCCUAAUUCUGACCUUGAGCAGGCUAAAUCUAAACGAGAACGUCUUUAAGCGUCGCUGAGGAGCCUCAAGACAAAGGCUCUGCGCGCUACAUUUCUCUCCACCUAGGUCUCUCGAGACCUGAGGACAGUCCCGUUACCCGGCCGGUACAGAAACCUUACUUCCAGUUUGAUGUCCCGCGCCCAGACGCAGUUCACGGGAGGGGCCCGUUAGAACGGAGUUGAGUUAACAGCCGCCAAAUGGGUGAUUAGGGAUUAGCGGGUAUUUAAUAUGGUCACGUGAUCCCUGCUCAAGGAACUUACACACACAAAUGAAGCAGCCAGUGUCAGCAAAGUCUGAAUGUGUAUGUGUGUGUGUGUGUGUCAGUGUAAGCAGAGACAGAGUGGCUAUAGGAGGGUGUGACCUUCAUCCCCCCUGCCCUGACCCCUGAACCCUGACCCCUGACGCAUGCACGGGAGACCCUCCGCAGCACCCAGGUCUCCAGAGUGUGGCUCUCCUGUUAGCAGCAUGUUCUACGGCUCCUCCUCCGGGGCCAGCAUGUCCCUCCCCUCCAAGAGCCGCCUGAAACGCCAGAGCAGAACCUUCACCCAGGUUCUGUACCGGACGUUGAGUUACCGGGACCGCGCCCCGGUGGAGCACACCUCCAGAGAGCGCCGCUCCGUCACCGAGCCCCCUGACCGCCCGGCCGACGACCCCUCAGAGCUGUCCACCCAGAGCUCCGCCCCCGGCGUGCUCAAGAUCUUCGGGGACGCCGUCUGUCCCGGCGCCAACUACAAGUCUGUCCUGGCCACGCCCACCUCCAGCGCCCGUGAGCUGGUGAAGGAGGCACUGGACCGCUACUCCCUCAACAAGGCCAACGCCCACGCCUACGUGCUCUGCGAUGUGAUUGGGCGUCUGGAGGGCGGGGCCGGGGAGGGGGAGACGGAGGGUCCAGGGUGGCGUGCAGAGUGCCUGCGGGCCCUGGGGGACACAGAGAAGCCCCUCCUGCUGCAGCAGCUGUGGAGGCCUCGCCAGGGACACGCCCGCAGGUUCGAGCUGAGGAGCCGGGCGGAGGUGGAGGAGCUCAACGCCAAGGACAAGGACACGGUCACCGCCGACAUCAACGCCCAGGCCCGUAAGCUCCAGAGGAACAGGGCCAAGGGAACUCUGCCCCGCGCCGGCUCCUCUCUGGGCCGCAGCCUCAGCGAGACCAGCCUCAACCAGCUGGGAACAGGGGAGGAGCUUAAGCGGUACUACUCCACCCUUCCCGGGCCCCUGAGGUCCCGCGGGGGGAGGGAGGGGGGGGUCCCGGCUCGGAAGAAGGAGGAGGGGAGUCAGGGGGGAGGAGGGGUGAGACUCUCUCUCUACCAGUCCCCUCACCUGCUGCUGCUACAGGGCUUUAACAAGCAGGACUGCCUGGUGUACCUGCUGAACCGGGACCAGCAUACUGUGGGGCAGGAGACUCCGUCAGCACGGCCUAACAUCAGCCUGUCCUCCCCGGACAUCCUGCCCCUGCACUGCCUCCUGCGCCGCAUCCCCGCCCCGGCAACCUCCUCCUCCGCCGCCUCCCGGCGCCGCGGCAACGCCUCCAGUCCGCCCCCCGUCUCCGAGGAGCGUUUCUGCGUGGCGGCGGAGCCCGUGCCGCAGGCGGCGGUGAUGGUGAACUUCUCGCGGUGCGAGCGCUCCACGCCACUGAGGCACGGCGACCUGCUGUCCUUCGGAGCGCACUACAUCUUCCUGUAUAAGGACCCUGCGGGGGCCAAGCCCCUCCCCGCCCAGACGCUGACCCGCCUGCGCUCCCUGGGCCAGCUGUACGACACCGGGGGGGUGGGGGGAGAGGGGGCCGGAGAGGGGGGCGGGGAUGGGGAGGUCUGUAGGAUGUGCGGGUCUGUGUUGAAGAACAAGGCUGCUGGCCCCGCCCCUCGACGCAGCUUCAAGCCCCACCUGGUGAAGGCCCGGGGGGCGGGGCCUGGUGGGGCAGGGGCGGGGCCUGUUGGGGCGGGGCCUGGUGGGGCGGGGCCUGGUGGGGCGGGGCCUGGUGGGGCGGGGCAGAAGAGGCGUCUGCAGCUGGAGUAUGAGCAGGCUCAUGAAGACGCUCUGCUGAGCAGGAUCAUGACCCUGAUAGAACCUGGAGGUGACGACCACAAGCUGACCCCAGCCUACCUGCUGUGUCUGGUCCUGCAACACUCUGCCUCCUCCUUCCCAGGGUGCUUUGGGAAGCUGCUACUGAAGAUAGCACGGCGGGUCCAGACCGUGGCCUGGGAGAAGACAAAGGAGCUGGCACAGAAGCAAGCUCAGCAUCAGGAUCCAGCCUCCCUGGCUCUGCUCUCCAUCUCUGACCUGCUCCCAGACCUUCAGGUCAUCUUCUUCUGGAUGUCCAACUCCAUCGAGCUGCUGUACUUCAUCCAGCAGAGAGUCCCCACAUACACACACACCAUGGAGACCCCCACAGGUUCCAAAGAGUCGUUGCUGUCAGCAACCAUCUCAGCCAAUGAGGAGGCCAUGACGAUCUUGGAAGAGGUGAUCAUGUACACCUUCCAGCAAUGCGUGUACUACAUCACCAAGUCUCUCUACGUGGUCCUCCCAGGUCUGCUGGAGUGUAACCCUUUUCCAGACAGCAGCUCUGAGCCCUGGAGAGGAUCCAGCUGUCCUGAAGCUGUCCACAGAGUCCUGCAGGUGUUCCAGUACUGUCAGGAUCUCCUCCAGGGAUACCAGGUCCACCCAGAGAUCCAGGCCCAGAUGUUCUCCUAUCUCUUCUUCUUCUCCAACGUGUCGCUCUUCAACCAGCUGAUGGACAAAGGCCCCUCUCGAGGCUGGUUCCAGCGCUCCAGGGUUCUCCAGAUCCAGGCGUGUGUGCGGAUGGUUCUAGAAUGGGCCAGGAAGGCAGGACUGAGACACCUGGCUGAGAAGUUCUUCACCAAGUUCAACAGUGCUGUCAGCAUCCUGGCCACCCCCCCUCAGCAGCUCACACAGCGGAGCUGGAGGACUCUGAGUGGGGAGCACCCUUGUCUGAAGCCAGUGCAGCUGCAGAGAGUGCUGACUCAGUACCAGCAGGCAGCAGAGAUACCAGGACCCAUCCCAGCAUGGCAGCCAUGCAGCGAACAGGAGGCCUGCCUCUACAGGACAGUGGACCUGCUGGAGAGCUUUGAGAACCACCCCCCCAUCAUGCUACCCAGCGGGGGCUUCAGGGUGGACCUGGACCACCCCUCCAUAGACGACAACAUCUACCGCCAGCUGCUCUACGUCCGGCACUACCUCUGGGGGCUGCGCUCCAAGACUCACACACACCCCGCCACGCACAACAACAACACACACAACAACACACACAACAACACACACGUCAGCACACACACACACACCGGGAGCAGCUGCACCAAAGAGUGGCAGGAGGCACAGCUGGACCCCCCUCACAGCAGCCCUCGGCCCGGGGGGGGAGGACUGGGAGAGGACAGGGGGAGGGACAGACCGCCCGGCCAAUCACACAACAUACUGAGGAAGAACGGCCCCGCCCCCCAAAUGAGACCGGCCAAUCCCGACCCCUCCUGCCUGUUGACUCCGCCCAACACCCCUCUGUACCCCGAGGGGGGCGGGCCUGGGCCUGGCCCCGCCCCCCAGACCAAUGGCUGCUGCAGGGGUGUGAACUCUGACCCCUGCAAGACCAACGGCCUGGUCCCCAAUGGCUUGGAAGGGAGUGUUAGUGGGUGUGAAUUCCCCUCCCUCUCUGAUGAAGGUGUGUGUGUGGUGUUUGUAGUGGAACUCAGCAAAGGACCUUUCGGCUUGGGCAUGGGACUCAUAGAUGGACUGCACACCCCUCUGAAUGCUCCUGGUAUCUACAUCAGGACGUUGAUACCGGAUGGGCCCGCUGCGUCUGACGGUAGACUCCGCAUCGGGGACCGGAUCCUGGCCGUUAACGGGACCAGCCUGAUUGGAGCCGACUACCAGAGUGCCGUGGAUCUGAUUCGUCUGGGUGGAGGUCGUCUGAGGUUUCUGGUGGCCAAGUCAGACCUGGAGGUGUCUGAGAAAAUCAGCGCCUCCUCCUGCUAAUACCACUGCUCGUCCUCCUCCUCCACAUAAUACUGCUCCUCCUC